UAAUUUUACAAUAAUUAAAAUAAAUAAUUUAUAGUAUAUAAUUAAAAAACAUUAAUUAUAAUUAUGAAAUGUUACUAUGAAAUUUUGGAAGUACCUCGUGAUGUUAAUGAUGAUGAGCUAAAAAAAGCGUAUCGUAAAUUAGCAUUGAAAUGGCAUCCUGACAAAAAUCCAAAUGACCAGGUAACUGCUAAAGAACAAUUCCAACUUAUACAGCAAGCAUAUGAAGUACUGAGUGAUCCACACGAGCGCGCGUGGUAUGAUAAUCAUCGGGAUGCUAUUUUGAAAGGCGGUAUCGGUGAAAAUUAUAAAGAUGACUCGAUAGAUUUAUUCCCAUACUUCUCAUCCAGCUGUUUCAAAGGCUACGGUGAUGAUGACAGUGGAUUCUAUGCCGUCUAUCGUCAUGUUUUUGAAGAACUUGCUGCUGAAGACUUGGAGUUCGCUGAUGAUGACCAAGAAAUCCCCGGUUUCGGUGAUUCCAAGAGCUCGUAUGAAGACGUCGUCCAUCCAUUCUACGCUCACUGGCAGAGUUACUCUACCAAGAGAUCGUUUGCGUGGUUAGACCCCUAUGAUAUCCGUGAUGUUCCCAAUAGACGUUAUCUUAAACUCUGUGAGAAAGCCAACAAAAAAGUUCGCGACAAAGCUAAGCGUGAAAGAAAUGAGCAGGUGAGAAAUCUCGUUGCUUUUAUUCGUAAGCGAGACAAGAGAGUUCAAUUGCAUGCUCAGGAACUUGCAAAACGUGCAGAGUUGAAUGCCAAGAAAGCUCAAGAACGUUCGAUUCAGCAGCUCAUGGAUCGUAAGAAAGAACUCCAGGAGCACAAGGAAUCUGAUUGGUGUAAAUUUUCAAAUAUUGAGGACGAGUUAAAAACAAUAGAAGCAAAUUUAGCGGCUGAGUUUGGUGAUGAAUUGUCUGCUGACUCAGAAGAUGAAAAUGAAGCGAGUGAAUCAGAUAUUUUGUAUUGUGUUGCUUGCAAUAAACAUUUUAAAACCCCUAAGGCUUUUGUUAAUCAUGAGAAUUCUAAAAAACACAAAGAAAAUGUUUUGAUUAUGAAAAAUGUUAUGAUGACUGAUGAUAAAAUGUUUGAUGAAGAUGAGGACAAAACUAAUUCUAAGUCUACGUCAGAUGAAGAAAAAAUAUCUGACGAUGAUGAUGAUGAUGAUGAUGAUAAAAAACCCAAGAAAAAGUUUCAUGUUUCUCAACCUCUGUCAGACGAUUUUAUUUUUCCUGGAACGGAGGAACCGCCGAAGGAUGAUGAUAAUGAACAGGCUUCAGAAAGUGAAUUGAUAUCAGAUCAAGAAGACGAAGAAGAUGAUUCGUUAGUAAAUAUUGCUGUGAAAAAGAAGAAAAAUAAAAAGAAAGGAAGAGUAAUGAAGAAAGUCAUAUACGAAGACGAUGAUGAUGACGACAAUGAAGGCGCGUUUGAUUUAGACGCAGGUCUCUCUAAGAAACAACGAAGACGAAUUAAAAAUAUGUUAGAUAUUCGUGGAAAACAAAAAGACCAAGCUGCUGUAGAGCUCGAUAAAGACAUGGAAGUUGAUAAUAAAGACAAUGAAGUGAAUAAUCACGAUAGUAAUGAAGAGGCUUUUGACAUGGGUGCUGGUCUUUCUAAGAAACAUCGGAGACGGAGGAAAAAUUUAGACGCAGGAAAACCAAAAGACGAAAAAGUGUCCAAGGAAGCAGAUCAAUCCAAACUUGAUGGUAAAGACAAAAGUAAACUCGAAGAUGGAGACGAGAUGGAAAAAUCAAGUACCCGGGAGAAAAGUAAAGGAAAGAAAGCCAAGGAGGCGAGGAAAGCUCUAAAAAAUUCAACGGGGACGAAAAAUAAAACGAAACAAGCUCUGGAAGUUGAUGUUGAGGAUAUUGAACAUUGUUGUGUUACUUGUAAAGCUGAAUUCUCUAGUAAAAAUAAAUUACACGAGCAUUUAAAGAAGUCUGGACACGCAAUGUACUUACCCAGUGUUGCUCAAAACAAAAAGAAAAAUGAUAGGUCUAAAAAAUUAGCUAUCUCUGACGGUGACAGUGAUUGAGUUUAACUUGGUAUUUUAAAAACUGAUAAAAAAACUUGUAUUAUAUUAUUUAUUUGUAAUGCCGGCCGUAUAAAUAAAUCGUUUAAUUAAUUUA